GGGGCGUCUCCCGGCAACCAGAACCUGACGCAGCCGCUCCGCCCCGCCCCGUCCUCGCGGUAGCUCCCCUGCUCAAAAACAAGCGGACCGCGGAGCCGCUGAGGGACAGACACGGGAACUGGUGUCGAGAUGGUCGCCGGACUGAUGCGGCUGCUCGGCUUCAGGGGUGGCUGACUACAAGUUUGGACUCCAGCAGCUUGAAGUCUCAAAAAGAGGGCUUCCUGUAAAAGAGCAACACUAUCAGCCAUCAUACCCCACCGCCAGUCGUCUGACACCUCAGGUCGGUGAAGCCCUGAGGACAGGAGGCGUAAAAUUGCUGAUUCAUUGACAGUCCUGGUGUCGCUGCUAUGGAAACAAUUUGUUCCCGUCAAAUGGAAAUCCUAUCACCUGCCUUCAAAACUCCACUGGAUCCAUCGGAAGUCCUUUGAUGAUCAACUUUGCUGAUAAAGAGCAGAGAAAGUGGAUACAGGAAGGACAUGACCACAUUACUGCGAGGCCACCAAUCAUGGUGGACCCAGCUUGUGUCCUCGAGGAAGCAGAAUGUGGGGAAGACGUGGAUUUGCCAACAGAUGACCACCUGAUGAACUUAAAGGCCUUGACUGAGAAAUUAAGACUGGAAACCAGGAGACCGUCUUACCUGGAGUGGAAAGCCCGGCUUGAGACGGAAAGCUUCAGGGAGACAGGAAGUGGAAAAGGCCCGAUCCACGUUGAGCCUGAAGGGCAAGCAGUCAUGCCCAAAGAGACGGUAGUGAACUCUGAGAGGAUUCAAUGCAAGUUGCCCUCGGGCGUACUGAAAGGAUUUGGGAACAUCGAUGAAGCUCUCAGUUGGCUGAGGAGAGAACUGACCGACAUGCGCCUGCAGGACCAGCACCUGGCCAGGCAGCUCAUGCGACUCCGUAGCGACAUCAACAAGUUGAAGAUAGAGCAGACGUGCCACCUGCACCGACGGAUGCUCAAUGACGCCACCUUUGGGAUUGAAGAGCGGGAUGAGCUGUCGGACCUGCUGUGCGAAUGUCCGGUCACCCCGGGGCUGGGCCUCUCGGCCCCGCUGAGGCUCAUCGGCGUCACCAAGAUGAACAUUAACUCGCGCCGCUUCUCGCUCUGCUAGUAGCUACAGUCAGAGAUUCCUAACGACAAAACAGCCUGUGUUUGCUAUGUUACUAUGUUUGCUCCAGUGCAACAUGCCAGCCACGGCCAUAUGUCAGAUAGUGGUGGACUCUUGUGCAUUUAGCGCUUGACCACAAUGAUGUGAGGAUGAACCUCGAUGUAAACACUGUUUUACAGUCCCUGUAAUCGAAGGGAGCGAAUUAAGUAAUGUAUAUUAUUUAGAAAGAAUAAUUUGAGUGUAGAAGGUACAUAUAAAGUGUUUUUGCCACUAAACUAUAGGGCAGCUGUAUACAGAAACCUCUCUGUCUUAUAACCAUAGAUGAUUUUAAACCUGUGGGCUAUUGUGACUUGAAACAAAAGAAUUGCAGUUUUCAAACUCUCAAGUUGUUUGGUGAGACUUUUGUGGUUUCUGUCUCCAAGCAGAGAUUAAAAAUGUCAAUAUAUUUUUUUAUAAUGGCAUACAUUUUAUUCCAUGUUGUCUUAAUCUAAAUGUCUCUGCUUUUUAAAAAUAUGCCUUAAUAUUGAUAAAUGAACAUAAUCCAUA